CGGUAGAGAGAGCUGCGACUGAUUAAUCAAAAUCGAUUCGAGUAGGUUUUCCUUCUUCAUGGAUUAGUCUCGUUCAUUCUGAACGAGAAUAUUUUUUAUUAAGAAAUCAGCGCUGAUUAUCAAUCCACCCCACCGGUUUCACAUCACUGAUAAUAGUUGCAUCAUCCAUUCUCUCGUUAUACUUCGUUACCAACAAAAAUGUAGACCAUCCUCUCUGGGACUGAUGAACAAUGGAGGAACCGAUUAAAUAUCAGACUCUCAAUCCUUUUUAUCCAUCACUGCCAGCCGCUGCAUGUUUGUUUCCUUCCCCUUACCGUCGCUUUUAACUCCCUCACGAGACAACAACGCGCGUUCCCAUCACUCGCUCUCCUUGAAAACUCCACUCGUCACCCUCUCUGCCUCUCCUCCCCUCUUUAAAAUCCACACUCUGUUUUUCCCUCUUUCCAUCUCUGCCUGAAAGCUCCCCAUUUCUUUUCUUCUUCCCAAUCACAUCCAUGGCGCCGCCGUUUUCCAAUUACCAUCACCUAAUCACAGCCUCCAAAAUCAAACGUCCGAACCUAAUCAAAGCCCUCGCCGCCGUAAUCCUCUGCUCCGUCUUCUACCUCAUCGGGUUCUACCAAAACGCCCGCGGCUCAAUUCCCCUCCCCUCCCCUGUUCUAGCCCAAACCCAAAAAAACGCCGUCGCUUGCGUCAUCCCCGUCGUCGCCAACAUCACCCUCGACUUCGAGCCCCACCACCGUCCCGCCGACCCCCCGCCGUCCGCCGCCGCCGUGCCGGAGCUCCCACCCUGCGACCCUUCCUACUCCGAGUACACCCCCUGCGAGGACGCCCGCCGCUCCCUCGCGUUCGAUCGGGCGCGGCUGAUCUACAGGGAGCGGCACUGCCCGGCGAGCGGCGAGGAGCGGCUCCGGUGUCGGGUCCCGGCCCCGCACGGGUACCGGGUGCCGUUCCGGUGGCCGGAGAGCAGGGAACUGGCGUGGUACGCUAAUGUGCCGCACAAGGAGCUGACGGUGGAGAAGGGGAAGCAGAAUUGGGUCCAUUACGAAGGCGAUCGGUUCAGGUUCCCCGGCGGCGGGACGAUGUUCCCCCGGGGAGCUGACGCUUACAUUGAUGAAAUUGGGAAAUUGAUCAAUCUCAAAGAUGGGUCAAUCAGGACCGCCAUUGACACCGGCUGCGGGGUUGCAAGCUUUGGGGCAUACCUGCUGUCCAGAAACGUUCUAACAGUGUCAUUUGCACCAAGAGACAGCCACGAAGCUCAGGUCCAAUUCGCACUCGAACGUGGAGUCCCGGCCCUGAUCGGGAUCAUUGCUUCGAUCAGACUGCCAUACCCAUCGAGGGCAUUCGACAUUGCUCACUGCUCGCGCUGCCUCAUCCCUUGGGGCGAAUACGACGGGCAGUACCUGCUGGAAGUGGACAGGUUGCUGAGGCCAGGAGGGUACUGGAUACUCUCGGGCCCUCCAAUCAACUGGGAAGGACACUACAGGGGAUGGAACAGAACAAUGCAGGAUCUCAAGGCAGAACAGGAUCGCGUCGAGCGAGUUGGCAAGAGCAUCUGCUGGAAGAAACUGGUGCAGAAGAACGACAUUGCGAUCUGGCAGAAACCCACCAAUCAUGUCCACUGCAGGGCCACCAGGCGGGUCUUUCGCCAGCCCGGGUUCUGCACUUCUCAGAACCCUGAUCAAGCCUGGUAUACAAAAUUGGAGACUUGCAUAACACCACUCCCUGAAGUAUCUGACAUCAAGGAAACAGCAGGUGGGUCACUACCCAAAUGGCCCGAAAGGCUAACUGCGAUCCCUCCGAGAAUCCGAAAUGGGAGCCUUGAAGGAAUCACAGCAGAGAAGUUUAACGAGAACACAAAGCUGUGGCAGAAACGAGCAGGAUACUACAAGAGGGUCGACCAGCAGCUUGCCCAGACCGGGCGCUACAGGAACUUGCUCGACAUGAAUGCAUACCUAGGUGGGUUUGCAGCUGCGCUGGUUCGUGACCCGGUCUGGGUCAUGAACGCCGUCCCUGUUGAAUCUCGAGUCGAUACCUUAGGAGCGAUCUACGAGCGCGGCUUGAUUGGCACCUAUCAGAAUUGGUGUGAAGCCAUGUCAACAUAUCCAAGGACUUAUGAUUUCAUUCAUGCAGAUUCAAUCUUCAGCCUCUACAAGAGCAAAUGUGAAAUGGAAGACAUUCUGGUUGAGAUGGAUAGAAUACUGAGGCCACAGGGGAGUGUAAUUAUAAGAGACGAUGUGGAUGUGUUAGUGAAGGUGAAAAGCAUUAUACAAGGAAUGCAAUGGGAUGGAAUGAUUGCAGACCAUGAAGACGGUCCAAGGCACAGGGAGAAAAUACUAUUUGCUGUCAAGAAGUAUUGGACAGCACCACCACCUCAAACGUAAUAGAGCAGAGAAAUAUAUGCAAAUUAAAGUAAAUCUGUUUUAUUUUUUUAGGAAAUUCAUGCAUUUUCCCCAUCAUAUUAAAAGUAAUAGGUUGAUAUCGUUUUGAAAUGUCUAAUUAGAAUGAUGAUUAUGGGAUGAGUGUAAACAUGCGCAAAAAAAAGUGAGAACAUCAAGGACAAAAUCAUAUAUAUAUAUUAUAAUAUAAGGACGAUUUUUAAGACCUUCAGCACAGAGCCUCCAAGUUAUACGAGCCUCAUAGACCUCUAUAUAUGCUAAUUAAUGUUAUGGAGUAUUGGCUUUUGAAUGUAACUUUUGAAUAAUAAUGAUAGUAAUAAAAUUAAUGCAUUGGGAUAAAAUUAAAACAAUAAGAACAAAAAAAAUUAAAUCCAAAGGUUAAAAGAACGAGUGGACCACAUGAUGAUGUACUUUUGAAUAAUAAUAAAAUUAAGAGAGUUACCAGGACCGUCGAGUUGAUGGACUUGGUUGCGAGGAUUGAUGACACAUAGUGUGAGUUGCUUUUUUGCAGGCUUGUACUGGUAUUUCUAAACUCUACUUUGCUUUGUGUACUUGCUCUCCUCGUGUUUUUGGGUCGGCCCAGCUAUCUUUCGACACAGCUCUUCGUUCUAGUUUAAAACGUAUUGUCACUGCUUCUGGUCCUGGGUUUGGCGAUUGGCAGUUUAGGCUUGCCACCUUCCUUUUUCAUUUAGGUGGGCUUGCGGUUUAUGCUGCCGGAGAUGUCCUACAUUAUGUUUUUUUGGCAUCCCAUUUGCAGUCUGUGUAGUUGCAAGCUAAACUCUUAGGUCCUUCUGGUAGCCUAUCUCCUGGUCCUUCUUUUGAUGAUCCCCUACGCACAUUUAAUGAAUUUACAGGUUCUAAUCUCUUUGCGUGACCCUAGUGGAGUUGCUUCCCCAAAACUUGUGAAGAAAUUGGCAGACAUAUAUUUCGCAAAGGUUGCUGCUAGUUCAGAUUUUGUUUUCUCAUUGACUACGCGUCAGGUGGUUUUGUGGAAGUCUCAGUAGAGUGCGCACUCUUAUGAUUGAUUGCGCGUUGUUCCUAUUGUUGGGUUAGGGUAGACUAUGAAUGGGAGGACAUAUCGUAGUGUGCUUAGUUAUCGACUGAGUGUCUCAUUGUUUUCGGUAUCUAAGUCCUGUCCUGCUUGUUCUCGUGCCUUUCAUGGUGAUAUCUUUAGAGAUCAUGUUGUGUACUGUGCUAGUACUGUGGGCAUUAAGCAUCGACAUAACCUCGUUUGUGACACCUUAUUGGACAUAUGUUACAGGUCUGAGAUUUCUACCGGUAGAGAGGUUGGUAUCAGUUUGGUUUAUGGGCAUGGUGGACCUUUUCGUCCUGCGGAUUUGUUGCUUUAUUCCUGGGACAGGGGGCGAGAUGUGUGUGUCGAUCUAACUGGAUCUUCGCCUUUUACUCAGACUGGGAUUACUGGUUUUGUGUCCCGGACGAGUUGUUGCUGAUGAUGCUCAGCGAAAGUGUGUCAAGUAUCUAGACUUUUGCAUGGCCACUGGUUAUAGUUUCCUGCCCUUUUCCUUUUCUUCGCUAGGAGAGUUGGAUAGGGAUGUCGUGGCUUUACUCAAGCGAAUCCAGAAAUUCUCCGUGUCACAGGAUGUGGAGGCUCGAGAAGCUGCGUAUAUUUUUACUCGACUUAGCUUGCUAUAGCUAAAGAAGUGGGAGCCCAGAUUGGAUCUCGACUGCCCACUAAUUUUUUGUAGACCUUUGUUUGUUCUGUUUUCCACUAUUAAGUAAUAAUAAAAUUAAUGCAAUUGG